GUCAACUGGUAAUCUUUAUUCUAUUAUCCCUGAGUGACAUUUAACAUGGACUCCAAACUAGGAAACUAAUCUGGAGUAAUGGCAGGGUUGAAUCAUGGCCGAGGGCUGAUGCUGGCAGUCAGUGCUGGUAUUAUGGCAGCCCUUGGUUCUGUUUCAGCCAAAUUGGCCACUAGUGACCACAUCCUUAUGGACACCUGUCAAAUCAUCUUCAGGAUUGGCAUUUGUCACCAGCUGAGUCUUUUGAUGAGGAUUGUGUUUUUUGCCAUGAUAUUUGUUUGUAAUGGUAUGAUGUGGACGCUUUUUACAAAGUCCCUUCAGUUUUGUUCUUCAACAGCUGAAGCAACAGUCACAAACACAGCCUCAAACUUUCUUAUUAGUGCUUUGAUUGGCGUAGCUCUGUUCAAUGAGACACUCUCCCUUCGAUGGUGGAUUGGAGCCAGUUUGAUUGUUACUGGACUCCUACUAAUUCACAGGGCAAACAGAAAAGAAAGUGAAGAGAAAAAUAAAACAGCCUGAUGUCCAGAAGUCAGAACUAAUUCUUCCAUAACUUGUCGUUGGGGAAAACAAGAUCCUUUUGUAUUAAACAUCAGUGUACCAAAUGGUACCCUCAAGGAUGGAAAGAGAAACCUUGUGUGUGAGAAGGGGAUAAUAGUUUUAAAAUAUUUUUUUACAAUGUACUGGCAAUAAUAACAUUGGAAAGGACUUAACUGCCAAUUUAUUUCGAAAGAUGUUUUAACAGGGUGGAUGAAAGGCAAAAUUUAACCACAUAUUAAGCUAAACUAUGCUGUUCACCAGAAGCAAGUUGAAGAGAGAAAUAGUUCAUAAGAAUUAUUGUGGAGAGUGUCACAAACGGAAUUGAGUUUCUUCUACCUCAGAAUGACACAUUUUCAUUCAAAAUACUAGAAUAAAAAAUAUAAUAAAAUUCUAAUUUUAUAUGAAGCUGAAAAUAACAUUUAUGCUGUGCCAAAUUUUUCAUUUUAUAGAAUAAAUGUAUUGUGCAAAAACUCCAGAAUUAUUCUUCAUCAUAAAAUGAAAACUAAGACAUCAUGAACUUCAUGAAAACUAAGACAUUGUCUAAAUGUACAUGUACUGUUACUAGUAAUUAAAAUUCAGAUCCUUCUUCUGUGUACUAUGUAUUGACUUGUUACAGAAGCACAAUAUCAUUAUCAAAUUAAACAAAAUAACAAUCCAUUGCUACAA